AGACUGCUCACCUCGCGCUGGCUCAUUCGCUUCGCGGUUCAUGACGAAAGAUGUCGGAGGAAGGAACGUCAUCAUCGCAAGCGCGAAGCCGAUACCGUAAGAAGCCAGCGACCAAAGUCGACGACGCUGCCGACCCGCGGCUGUACGUGCCGGCGGCCCCGCCCAAGACGACGCCCCGCCGCAAGCCCACCAAGCAGACCAAGAAGAUUAAGGAGAACGAGCUCGCUGACCGCAUGCAGCAAGCCAUGUCGAUGGACGACCACGAGAUCGUUGAGUCGCGCAAGAGCCGCGCCACGCAUCUGCAAAAAGAUCGCAAGCACCGCAAGACGACCGAGGACGAGCGCAAGAAGCGCGAGCAUGCGCAAGCGCUCAUGAUCCAGCGCGUCGAGAAGGAGACGGUCGAGAAGCUCGUGCGCGCCGAAGUCAUGUUUUCGCUCUUGCAGGAGCACAAGCAGACCAAGCCGCCGACCAAGACCACCUCGCCGACGACGCAUGCAACAACCCGCCCGCACGACGAAGGGUAUCCGUUUGGCUUCAACCCUGCGGGCAUGCAGCCCGAUGAGCUGCUGUCGCUCCUCAAGCGCUGGGAAGAGCACUUGAAGCGUCUCCUCGGGUCGCCCCGCACGCCGCAACCGUACGCGAUCGUCAGCGACCACGAGCGUGGCAUCAACUGCCUUCGCUUGGCGAGCCGCGACGCCUACGUCGAGCUGCUGCUCCGCCACCCCGACACCGCCCGGCGCAUGGACGUCAACGAGCGCCUCUGGAUGAAUUGGUACCGCGAGAUCGACGUGGCGCAAGCUGCGUUCCGGGCCAACGGAGCGUCGCUGCCGGUGCGUGAUGCGCUCUCCGCACUCCUCGCCACGUGCACGAGCUUCUACCACAAGCUGCUCGGUGCGCUCCAAGCCGCGUCGGCGGCGCCGCUCUUCGUGCAUGCGACGCUCGUCGCGCUCGGCGACCUCUCGCGGUAUGCGCAAGGCCUCUUGCCCAAGGGCAGCCGCAACUGGGCGCUGGCCGGUGUGCACUACAAGGAAGCGCUCUUGCAUUCGCCGUCGAACGGCAAGGUCUUCAACCAGCUCGCGCUUCUCGCCCUGCACAACAACAACAGCUUUGAGGCGUGCUACCUCUACGCGCGCAGCCUCGCCGUCACGACGCCGUUCCGCGCGCGCGACAACUUGAUCACGACGCUCGCCAAAGCCGAAGAGGUCAAGCCGCGCCGCGAAGUGGACGGCCUCGGCGUCUUCAAAGCGCGCUUCUUGGUCGGCGCCUCGGUCCUCUACUCGGGCGUCGACGUGGUCGCGCGCGCCGACUUGUUUGCCGAUUGCAUCGACUCGCUCGCCGUCGUUCCAUUUGGCGGCGCGUCCGCAAGCUCCCUCUUGCUGCAGACCACGCUCUUUGCCUUGUUUCUCGUCCACAACACCCAGGUUGCGAUCGGGAGCCCCGGGAUUCAAGACCCGUGCUUUGACACCGAGUGGCGCCGUUGGCGGGACCACGAAGUCGUGCACGUUGCGCUGCGCUUGAGCUUUGGCCUGACGAGCGGGCUGCUGCAAGCGAUGGCGCGGUCGCCGACCGACGCGGUCCUCCAGACGUGUUUGCCGAGCGUCACGAUCUUCCUCGACUGGCUGCGCAGCCACGCGUGGUUUCUCGAGUUUCGAGAUCCGAGCGUCGACGCGCUGCAAACGUCGCUACUGCAGCUGUUGCCGGUGCUCCACGCAAAGAAGGACCCGCUCGUGCAUGAUCAUUGGGACGGCCACCGGGCGCCCGUGCCCGAAGACCUCGAGCUCCGCGGUUUCCUUCCGUGCGCGGCUGCGCUCCACCGCCGCGUCGGCUCGGACAACCGCCUCGUCGACGUGCAAAACGCGCCGUUGUCACUCUACGUGGCGCGCGUCCUCGGCUUUCUCGAUCUUGCGACCGACCUCGACUGGAUGAAGCUGCCAAUGGCCGCAGCGCGCGUGCCACCGUCGCUCUCGGUGGUGACGGCUCUCGACCGGCUCUGCCCGCAGUGCUCCAACUCGAUUGUACGGUUGCCCUGCGGCUUUUGCGGCUACGACAGCGACGACGACGACGACGACGACGAUGCAUCGAUCGAAGCGGAAGUGGCACCCCGCGUCUCGGCGCGCGCGCUCACGCCUGGUCGUGGCGUCCUUGCCAACGUCAACCUCAACGUCACCAAGCCUCCGAAGACAAAGCGCCACGCCUCGCACAUGCGGCACCGGUCGGCACCGACCUUUGCCGGUGGCGGGUACGCGUCACCGAACGACCCCAAGUGCCUCAUCGUCGUCGACGCGGCCAACGUGGCCAUGCGGCACGGUCUCAACGCGCGCUUUUCGUGCGCCGGCAUCCGGCUCGUCUUUGACUAUUACAUGGCGCGCGGCCACAAGGUGCUGGCGUUCUUACCCGACUACCUCCUCCGGUACGAGUCGGUGGGCGCGCAAAAGCGCAUGGCGGGCGCGGGCUACGACGUGAGUCCGAGCAAGCUCCCGGACGACGUCGGCUUGCUUCAAAGUAUGGUGCUCGAAGGGACCGUGAUUGCGACUCCGCCGCAAGACUACGACGACUCGUACUGCAUCCAGUACGCCGGGCGCCAUGACGGCUGCGUCGUCACCAACGACCUCUUCCGCGACCACGUCGACGGUCUCCAGGGCAACGGCCAGACAAAGGCCGCGAUGCGCCAAUGGCUCUCAGCGCACUGCAUCUCAUUCACGUGGGUCGGCGACGAGUUCUUGCCCAACCCCGACUUUCGGUUUCCCAAACCCGCGCCGCUCGACGAUGCCAUGUAGAUACUGAUCACUAGGGUGUUAAUCCAAAGCUGAGCUUGAGCUGUGCGGCCAAAUCGUCGACCACUGCGUCCGGUAUCUUGGUCGCGUGGUUGACGUCGUGGGGCGGUUCGUCCCGCACUGCCUCGAGGUACUGGAC